AUAAAAACCCCUGGUUGAGGUUUUUACCUUGUUGACUGUUAACUUAAACAAAAUGGAUACACGAGCAACUUCUCUAAAGUCACUUGAGACUCAUUUUGAGGACAUUCAAGAAGUUGUGCCAGAAGAGGAAGAAGGAAUAACCAGAAUUCAAGACAAAGCAAAAAAAGGCUUGAACAAAGGCUUUAGAGGAGUUAGAGAAUCGAGAAGACCAGUGCAUAAGAGUUUUAGUAGACAAGUGUCCCUUGAGACGGGCUUUUCAGUGCUGAAUAGAGAAUCUAAUAAUGAUAAUGAUGAGAGAAGGGCUCUUGAGAGAAGUGGACGUAGUUUUGGAGGAUUUGACUCGGCUAAUAGAUUCGGUGGUGAAGCUAGGAAAGGGGACUUCAGUAUGUUUAGAACCAAAUCCACUCUCAGCAAGCAGAAUUCGUUGUUGCCAACGAGAAAGGAGAAAGAAUUGGAACCCCAAAGAAGCGAUGGCUCUGGCAGACUUGAUGAAUCUCUUAACAAAAGUGUUCCUGCUGGCAGAUAUUUCGCAGCUCUUAGAGGUCCUGAAUUAGACGAAGUCAAGGAUUAUGAGGACAUUCUGCUGCCUAAAGAUGAGAAAUGGCCCUUUCUUCUUCGGUUCCCAAUUGGUUGCUUUGGUAUAUGUCUUGGUCUCAGCAGCCAAGCUGUUCUAUGGCGUACUCUUGCAACAAGCCCGGCUACCAAAUUUCUCCAUAUUCCUCUUUACAUCAAUCUUGCCUUGUGGCUGCUUGCACUAGCUGUCGUAGUAUCAGUUUUUAUCACCUACUUACUCAAAUGCAUAUUCUACUUUGAAGCUGUGAAAAGAGAAUAUUUUCACCCUGUGAGGGUCAAUUUCUUCUUUGCUCCUUGGGUUGUGUGUAUGUUCUUAGCCAUUGGAGUACCAACUAUGAUAGCACCCGGGCCUCUACACCCUGCCCUUUGGUGCACCUUCAUGGCACCCUAUUUCUUUCUUGAACUCAAGAUUUAUGGGCAAUGGCUUUCUGGGGGUAAAAGGCGUCUGUGUAAGGUGGCCAACCCAUCCUCACAUUUAUCGGUGGUUGGAAACUUUGUUGGGGCAAUUUUAGCUGCUAAGGUUGGGUGGAAGGAGGCUGGAAAGUUUUUAUGGGCAAUUGGUUUUGCGCAUUAUCUUGUGGUAUUUGUGACAUUGUAUCAAAGACUGCCAACAAGUGAAGCAUUGCCUAAAGAGUUACACCCUGUCUACUCUAUGUUCAUAGCUGCCCCAUCGGCUGCUAGCAUCGCUUGGGAAGCUAUCUAUGGAGAUUUUGAUGGAUUGUCAAGGACUUGCUUCUUCAUCGCACUUUUUCUCUAUGUCUCGUUAGUCGUUCGUAUCAACUUCUUCACAGGAUUCAAGUUCUCAGUGGCGUGGUGGUCUUAUACAUUCCCCAUGACAACAGCAUCAGUGGCAACAAUCAAGUAUGCAGAGGAGGUUCCUUGUGCUCUAAGCAAGGGGCUUGCACUUAGUCUUUCCUUCAUGUCAUCAACAAUGGUGUCUGUGUUAUUUGUGUCCACUCUUCUUCAUGCCUUCGUUUGGCACACAUUAUUCCCUAAUGAUCUUGCCAUUGCCAUAACAAAGAGAAGGCUUGUCAAGGAGAAGAAACCCUUCAAAAGAGCAUACGAUAUUAGGCGUUGGACAAAGAAUGCUCUAACCAAGCAGAAUUCAUCUAAUAAAGAUUUUGAAAGAGGGAAUGAAGAAGGGCACUAAAACUUAUUAUAAACCAGAUUGGAUGUAUAUUAUGCUAGGCCCUCCUAUAUGAAUAUUUUAUGUUACCUGGAUAUAAUUUGGGGCCCGGCCUGGAGGAAUAUCAUUAUACUCAGAUUUACUUUUUUUUUUUUUUGUAUUUUGCCGAUAAUCAUGAUUGUCUAAGUACACAACCAUAAAUUUAUAACUAAUGCUCGCGUUUCAA